AUGGGAACAGUCAACAACAAUCCUUCAUUCCUAAACAUCUAUGAGAAGAUGAAAAAUUAUGCCCGACCCGACACCCUGUGUCACACAUUUGACCUUCUCUCUAACCUUCACAAGUUGCUUCCGAAUCACUUGGUGGAAGUGCUUCAUUCCUAUAGAAGUGAGAGUGACAAAAUCAAAUGUGAGAAUUCUGAAUUCUCUGGCAUCGAAAAGGUCCUAGCAAGACAUCAGUUGCCAAGAGAGGUUAGUCUAUCUCCGAAGCCAAGUAAAAUGCCCUCACGUAAAAGAAAAAUUAUCAACAAUAUCAGUGGCAACUGGAGGAAAUGUCAACUGUGGAAGAAAAACAUAUGUGAACCACCCAUGUGCACGAUCAUUGCCAGGUGGGCGAAAAAGAACAUGCAACCCCCGGAGGACCUCAAGUCGGGGAUCCAAAGACUGUCUGUACUAGGCCCAAUUGUCUCAGUCACUCCUUGUGGGCGCCAGAGUGCUGUCGUGGUGUUCAAAGACACGACCUCAGCUUGCAAGGCUGUGAGUGCUUUUCCGACCAUGUCCACAGGCACUAUGUUCCAGUGCUCAUGGCAGCAUCGUUUCAUGUCAAAAAAUCCUCUGAAGAUGGAGAUCGGAGGCAGGAAGGACUCUGCUGUUUCGCUCAGUGCCUGUCACUGGCAGCAGGAAUGA